AUGGACUAUUCAGGCCAGGCCUUAGAUGUCCAGCUCCUCGUCAAUGAGGCUAAGGAGCUUGUGUCGCAACUGUAUGAUCCAACCAACACAGGCAACCCCGCCAAGAUCAAGGCUAUCCAAGAACAUUUGCAAAAUCUCCAGAAAGGGCCCCAUGCGUGGCUUAUCGCAAACAGUCUUGUUACCGAAGAAAAUACUGAUCUAAAAUUUUUCGGAGCCUUGACAUUCACUGUGAAAAUCAAUCAUGACUGGCAAAAUUUGACUCAAGAAGAUACCGAAGAGCUUAUUGGGCGCUUGAUUGACCACUAUGUUUUCUUGGUCAAUGGCGGAGAACGACCUCUUGUCAUCCGCAAACUUGCUUCUAGCCUCGCGACCAUUUUUCUAAAGCCCGAUGCUCCUUGGACUCGCGCUAUCGUCAACCUAGCUGCUUCUUUGGCAAAUGGAAAGUAUAUCCAUGAAAAACAAUGCCAGACAAUUGACUUGCGAAGCACUAUUCUUCCGGCAAUGUCAGAAAGUCAGGUGGUCUCCUUGCUUUACUUCUCUAACAUUCUUGCGGAAGAGGUAAACAGGCUGGGUUCAGACUCGCGACGUGGCAAAGAUAGUUAUCGUGCGUCUGAAAAUAUCAAGGACGCCUUUCUACUGGUUGAGUUCGUACUUGCUCAGUUACUGCAUCAUGAUGCCUCCGGCAGGUCUGUUUCCAACGAGGUUCCAGGAACCGAAGCCAUCAACUCUUACCAGUCUUGGAUAUAUGUCCGAAGUUUAUUCCAGCUACAUGAGACAAUCUCGGCCACUGAACUUGUACCAGCUACCAGCUGUGUAAUCCAAAGCCUGAAAAUUUCUUCCUUGGCGAAAACAGCCACACACAUUUUAAUUGAUCUCAUGUGCUGGCAGGACAGUAUUCUGUCUUCGGAUCACAUUGAUUCUAUCUUAGAUUAUCUUAUUAGCGAUUCCGGGACCGCGCAUAUUGCAUCCCUCAUGGAAGGUGAUUUUGACGACGAAAAUAUAACCUUCCUGGAACUUCUGUUAGCAUUCUCCACACUGAAACAGAAACAGCUCCUCACUCAGCCGCUGGACCAAAAGCAUGAUAGGGUUCUCGCUCUACUUCAUACGUUGUUCAGAGCCCCGGGAUACGCCGCAGUAGACGAUACCGCAUCACCUCUGGUUCUUGAAUGGUGGACUGAAGUUGCCGAUGAUCUGCAGGAAACAUAUCUAGGAUCUGAUGACCAACAGGGCCUUGAGUCCGCGAAGCAGAACCUCGCUCGUGCUGCUCUGGAUUGUUUUGAUAAGCUCAAGUAUCCUUCUUCGGAAGAAUUACAAAGCUGGGGCGAUGAUGACCGUAGUGAGUUUGGGUCUUUUCGCCGAGAUGUUUGCGAUUUUCUUCUCGCAAUUUACCCGAUUUUGGGCGUGGACUUGGUGCAAGUAUUCCAAGCACAAGCACGAUCAUCCCUCGAACGCCAAGACUGGAGAACCUUCGAGGCUGCAAUAUUCUGUAUCGCUCAGCUUUCCGAGGCCGUCGAUGAGAACCAGCAUGCUGACGAUUGUCUGAACUCCAUUUUCUUCUGUAACGAGUUCUCGCGUCUCUGCGAAGGUGAUGGAAUCAUGAUUCCUGACAAAGCUCGCCAAACAUUGGUAGACAUGCUUGGGAAGUAUCAAUCUUACUUUGAACGUACCCAUGCACUGCUUCCUCGGGUUCUUACUUUUCUCUUUGCAUCGUUAGAUGUUGCCUCCUGCGCGUCUACAGCAUCUAAGUCUAUAUCGUAUCUCUGCAAAUCAUGCCGCAAUGCCCUCACCAUUGAACUCCCAGCGUUCAUCACUCAAUUUGAACAAUUUCGUUUCAAGUCCACAGCCACUACACACACUAUGGAGAAAGUACUGGAGGGAAUCGCUGCUAUCAUCCAAACCCUACCCAGCGAUAAAGAGAAAGCCCAUUUCUUAGAAAGGAUUUUGAAAUUCUUCCAAGAACAAGCAGACAUGGCCCGACAGGAGGCUGCUAGCGGGUUAGCAGAGCCCGCUUGUGGCCGAGCUCAUAUGGUUCUUCGAUGCGUUGCAAGCAUUGGAAGAGGACUGAGGGCUGAUGGUGAAAUUGUCGUGGAUUCCAGCAGCGGCAAAGAUGAGGAUCCAUAUCCCCCAACAUUCUGGAAUACAGGCGAUGGUGCGGUAUCACAGAACCUAAUAAUGCAGUGUAUAAGGCUGUUAAUGACCGAAUUUCCGUUCGACGUCGCCAUAAUCGAAGCGACUUGUGACAUUUUGAAAGCUGGCUUUACUGAAAAGACUGGCCCAUAUGUUUUACCGCCUAUGGUGACGGUUGAUUUCGUCAAAAGCAUCCCUUUGGGUACGCCUGGCACUGAUAUGGUUAUGGGAACCGCUUCUGCCUUUCUGGCCUCACAUAGCGCACAUCCCCAUCAGAUCCGGGAUGAGACUGUAGCAUUGAUUAUCCAUGUAUAUGAAACCUUUUGCUGGGUGCAAGAAAAGCCAGAGCUUUACGAUCCAGAGAUUGCGAAUAGCGGGAUUGACUUCUUGACACGCCUACUCCCAAAAUACUAUCCCUAUCUCUUUGCGCUUACAUUUACGCCACAGGAAACAGGAGACGCACGGGUGUAUGUAGCUGGCCAACGUCCGCCCAUUGUCCAAGCAAUUUCAAAUUUCACGCUGUUCUCUCUACAAGGCCCAGAACCCAUCCCUCUCCGCUCUGCUUCUCAAUUUUGGGUAAGCAUCUUGAAUCUCCCUGUUGAGGCUGAGGCUGUACAGAAUACCAUUCGCGAUGCUCUGCCAGCGCUUUGUCGCAUCCUAAUCACGCAAGUGGCGGGACGAUGCGCGCGAUCGGAUCUUGAACAUCUCUGCGAGGUGCUGCGAAGAGUCAUCUUUAAACAGCAGGGACACGCCCGGCCGCAUCUCUCAUCUGCACUUGCAGAUCUAGGCAACCAUCGGACAGGCCAGAGCCACGGCCAUGCCCCGUCACCGGAGGAGAGACAACGAUUCCUUGCAUCCUUGUUGGCUGCGAGGGGCACCAGAACGCAGACAGUCCAGCUGGCGCGUUCCUUCUGGGUUAAAUGUCGGGGAGCAGGUUUCGACUAUAUUGGGUAG